AUGUCUCCGUCGCCAUCUAGCAAGGUCAGAUUCGCUGUCAUUGGAACUGGACUCAUUGGCCCUCGCCAUGCCCAGACCGUAGCGAAACACAAGGAAGCGGACCUUGUGGCAAUCGUGGAUCCUGCGCCAGCUGGGGCAAAUGUCGCGAAGCAGCUUGAUGUGACAUAUUACAAGUCCAUCAGUGAUCUGGUCCAAUCCACAGAUAAACCGGAUGCCGCCAUCAUCAGCACCCCAAACCACACCCAUGUUGCCGUUGCCAGGGAGCUCGCUGCCGCUGGAAUCCACAUCCUCAUUGAGAAGCCGGUCAGCACUGAUAUUCCCAGUGGCGAGGCUCUCGUGAAGGAGCUAGACAAAUCCCCGAUCAAAGCACUUGUUGGCCAUCACCGGCGAUGGAAUUCAUACAUGGUGGCAGCUAAGAGGAUAGUCGACUCAGGAAAGCUCGGCACUGUCCUCGCUGUCAAUGGACUGUGGACGAGCUACAAGCCACUGGACUACUUUGACCCUCCAGCGGAAUGGCGCAAACUGAGAACGGGAGGUGUCGUCUACCUGAACAUGGUGCAUGAGGUAGAUCUCCUUCAUUUUCUCUUUGGGCCUAUCUCGUCCGUUCAUGCGGAACACACAAUGGCGCAGCGCGGAUUCGAAGCCAAGGAGGGCGCGGCUCUCACCCUGAGGUUCAAGUCGGGCGUCGUUGCAAGCUUCAUCCUCUCGGACCAUGCGCCGUCGCCCUACAACUUUGAGGCUGGAACGGGCGAGAAUCAUCUCAUUCCCAAGACGGGCCAGGACUUCUACCGGGUUUUUGGAACCAACGGCUGUCUGAGUGUCCCCGAUAUGACUGUCUGGUCGUAUAAGGGUGCUACAAAAUCGUGGCAUUCUGAGCUUAAUCAGGAGCGCCUGCCUGUGACUGAGGAUACACCUUUUGAUAAUCAGCUGGGACAUUUUGUGCAAGUUAUUCGGGGACAACAGGCACCGAGCUGCACAGUCCAAGCUGGGCUGGCUGCGUUGAUCGUUUGUGAGGCCAUUGACAAGGCAAUGCAGGACAACUCUACGGUCGAAAUUGUCGAUUACAUGUUGUGA